UGGCUCCGAGUCUGCAACCUUCCCAAGGCGCCUCCUUUAUUCCUCCUCCAGCUCCCGCCUGUAUGCAGCCCCCUUUGGUCGAUCACUUACGCACCGUUGUUGUGGACAGGGCGUGGGCGAACCUCUGCACUGUUGGGGGUGGUAUCGUUAAAGAUGUGCAGAGGAUGCGGCAGGGCGUCGGUGCGUCCCUAUCAGCAAGGGACCAUGGAGACAUGGAUGACCGAUGCAGUCCCCACUUGCUGGACGUUGUGCGGCCGGGGCGCGAUCCAUCACCCACCGUGCCACGCGGGGAAGAAGAGUCACAUCCGGCAGUGGCGGAUGCACGUGGACGAGAGGCUUGCGGAAGAGGGAGGGGCAGUGUUGGGGGACGGGUGCCUGAAAGUGGCAGUGAAGUGGAUACAGGUAAUGACGCCGCGCAGCCCGAGGGAGGUGAUGUGCUGGGGAGGAGGAGAACCAGGCCAUGGCUGCUGGAGAAGCGCAUUGAUCUGGCAAGGUUCAUGAAGGAGGAUGACGCCAUGAUGCAAAUGGCGUCAGGUCGGCUGAAGCACGUUGCUGAAAGCGGUGUUUCCGAUAAGGAAACACCCGGUGGGCAUGGCUCGUCAAAAGGCGGGAGCCGUAGUGGUGCAAGUGCUGAAAAAUCGGAGGGCUUGCCGAAGAAACGGCGUGGGGCAACGGGCAAAGAUUGUGCUAGUGAUCACCUGCCAGUGUCGUCUAUGGAGAGAGUUGUGCUGGAUUCUAGUAUGGCGGUCCGAGAAGGGAUGGACAUGGCGGCAGGCACUCUUGCCCGGGCAAGCACAGAGGGUGUGAAGCUGGUUGCAACCCACGUUGGCGCAGUCGCAAGCGCUAUUAAGGAGGGAAACGUUGUACUGCAACUGUUGGUUGGCAUCAUGGCCGAACACCGAGGAGUGGGGACCGGAAUGCGGGGUGGAGACCCCAACGACGCCAGUCCGUCGAACCGGUGAUACGUGCAUGGAGGACCACAAUGUCACACACACCGUCACAAACAACUUUGGAAAAGGCGCACUUCAAAUGAUAUAACAAAGGGGAAAAAAAAAAAAAAAAAAAAGAUUGAAAAUGAACGAGGGAACAAGGC